AUGGCAAUGCAAACCGUCGAUGUUCCAACAGCAACAACCGUACCCCUCGCAAUCCAUCCAUCUCCAUCCCACCUAGAAGAUGGAUAUCCUAUGACUGCUCUCCCAAAACCCAACAGUCUCAACACAAUCACUGACCCUGAAGCCAACAAUGUCGAUCCUGCAGAAGAACCUCUAACCCCAUUCCUCAAGCUCAAGCUCGCUAGCGCUGCCUUCGCCUUCUUCACCGCUGGUGUCAACGAUGGUAGUCUCGGUGCCUUGGUCCCCUAUAUCCUGCACACCUAUGGCAUCAGCACCGGCUCCAUAGCCAUCCUCUUUGCCUGCGCCUUUGCUGGAUGGGCCGUCGCUGCUGUCGUCGCUGGGAUUUCGCGGGCCAAGCUCGGGAGCGGAGGCGUGCUCAUGCUUGGUGCUCUCCUCCAAGUCCUCACACAUGUGCUGAGGGUGUGGACCCCACCGUUUGCCCUCUUCGCCGUGACAUUCUUCCUCGCCGCCGUCGGCGCCGCAUUCCAAGACGCACAGGCGAACGCCUUCGUCGCGACUGUCAAAUCCGCACACCGCUGGCUCGGCGCCAUCCACGCCAGCUACGGCGCCGGAUGCGUCGUCGGCCCGCUCGUGGCGGCUGCGAUCGCAUCGAAUCGGCCAGGGCAGUGGGCGCUGUUCUACGGAUUUGCGAUUGGGAUUGCGGGGCUGAAUAUGGGGCUUGUGACACUGGCAUUCUGGGAGGAUGCGACGUUUGGGAAGAAGGCCGUGAGUGAGAGUGGAGAGGAGAGCGAAGAGGAGGCGCAGGGGAGCUUUGGGAAGGCGUGGGUGGAGAUGCGGGAGACAGCUGCGCAGAAGGAAGUUUGGCUUCUGAGUAUCUUCUACUUCUUCUACCUGGGCCUGGGUAUUACACUUGGAGGCUGGCUCGUUGAGUAUCUCGUCACUGCGCGACACGGCGAGCUUUCGAAAGUGGGAUACUUCUCUACUAUUUUAUCCGUGGGGACUACGCUUGGCCGGCUGAUUCUCGUUGAGCCUACACACCGAUUUGGCGAGAGGCGCAUGUUGCUGAUCUACUCAGUGCUGUGCUUUGGGCUGCAGAUAGUCUCAUGGAGAGUGAACAGUAUUGCUGCGACUGCUGUGUGUGCGACGUUGAUGAGUUUUUUCCUAGGCCCAUUUUUCGCUGCUGGCAUGACAACUGGGAAGAUGUUGAUCCCACCCGCAAAAUUGGCGCCAUCACUUGGAAUCAUCUUUGUUGUAGCUCAAGCAGGCGGCGCCGUGUUCCCAGCGGCAACUGGUGUCAUUGCCGCAAAGGCUGGUGUUGGAGUCUUGCAGCCGAUGAUGGUUGGUUUGAUCGUCGCUAUGGCGAUAUCCUGGGCUUGUGUGCCAAAGCCGCAGACGAAAGAAGAUUAGUGCUGGGAACCUGUAACCCGUCCGAAGAGAAGCCCUGGAGUCUGGUGGCCAUGUCGGUGGCUAUGAUACAUGAUUGUAUUUCUUAGUACUGUAGGUUAGGUAGACAGUUUCAGUCAUCUACAAUUGCACAAUGAGGACUGAGAGCCUAUAGAAAGUAUAGCGAGAUAUAAGAUGCUAUCAGUUAUUUC